CGAACCCUAACUCCUAGGGAUCUUGUCCCGCAGCCGCCGCCACCCACCUGGUCUUCCCCAUCGGGCCAACCCGAAGCGCCUCCUCCUUCCAGCCGCUGUGAGCGAGCCCGAGCUCCAGCGCGUACCCGAGCUCCUCUGUGAUGCCAGAGAUGCCCAACGCCGCUCCUGGUCAAACUCCCAGCGCCCCUUCCUCCUCAGCCUCUUCUCCACCUGCCCAGCCCCGUCGUUGACCUCGCUGCCGCCUGCGCUGCGCUGCACUGCACCGGUGGUGUCCCGUGCCUCCAACCUAUGGCCAGCGCCGGUGUGCCUCGCCGGCGCUACCAGGGCUGCUCCGCCAUGGACGCGGACCCUCGAGACCACCCCAGGUGCAGCUCGCUGUCGUGGCAGGCCCCCCCUCAAACUUCAUCGCUCGUGGGCCAGGACGCCGCAACUUCCAGCGCCGCUUCUCUGCUUCUCCCGCAAGAACAGCCAUGCUCAGGCCGCCCAUGGAGCUCGGAGUCCCGCCGCAUCGACCUCUGCAAGGCGCCUCCACCCCCAACUCUGUCGGGAUCAGCGACUUGAGGCUCCCUCCGUCCCUUCCCGACGCUCCCGUGCCAGCCAGCCCUGCAGCCAAGUCGUACCAUCGCCCCAGACCUGCAUCCCCGACCAUGGCUAAGCUCUAUUUCGUCUUCAGAUUUGCGACAGGGUGUACCUCUUCUAGCACAACGCCCCCCGUUUUCAAAGUUGCGUUGUAGCCCAACUGCUCAACCCGGUUGUUGGAACAAGGAGAUCCUUGGUUCGA